CUGAAGUGCUCUUGGAAGUCGCAGGUGCUGUGCUAGCUGGAGAGUGUUCUCGGGCCUGAGCCUCGAGGCCAGGCUCCCGGGUGGCGUUAAUGUUCGGGGCCGCCGGGCGCCAACCGAUCGGAGCUCCAGCCGCCGGGAACAGCUGGCAUUUCAGUCGAACCAUGGAAGAAUUGGUUCACGAUCUUGUCUCAGCAUUGGAGGAGAGCUCAGAGCAAGCUCGAGGUGGAUUUGCUGAAACGGGAGACCAUUCUCGAAGUCUGUCUUGCCCUCUGAAACGCCAGGCAAGGAAAAGGAGAGGGAGAAAACGAAGGUCGUAUAAUGUCCAUCACCCAUGGGAGACUGGUCACUGCUUAAGUGAAGGCUCUGAUUCUAGUUUAGAAGAACCAAGCAAGGACUAUAGAGAGAACCACAAUAAUAAUAAAAAAGAUCAUAGUGACUCUGAUGACCAAAUGUUAGUGGCAAAGCGCAGGCCGUCAUCAAACUUAAAUAAUAAUGUUCGAGGGAAAAGACCUCUAUGGCAUGAGUCUGAUUUUGCAGUGGACAACCUUGGCAACAGAACUCUGCGCAGGAGGAGAAAGGUAAAACGAAUGGCAGUAGAUCUCCCCCAGGACAUCUCUAACAAACGGACAAUGACCCAGCCCCCAGAAGGUUGUAGAGAUCAGGACAUGGACAAUGAAAGAGCUUACCAAUAUCAAGAGUUCACCAAGAGCAAAGUCAAAAAAAGGAAAUUGAAAAUCGUUAGACAAGGACCAAAGAUCCAAGAUGAAGGAGUAGUUUUAGAAAGUGAGGAAAUAAGCCAGACCAAUAAGGACAAAAUGGAUUAUGAAGAGCAGAAGAUCUCAGAUGAACUCAUGAGUGAAAGUGAUUCCAGCAGUCUCAGCAGCACUGAUGCGGGUUUGUUUACCAAUGAUGAGGGACGACAAGGUGACGAUGAGCAGAGCGACUGGUUUUAUGAAAAGGAAUCCGGUGGAGCGUGUGGCAUCACUGGAGUCAUCCCCUGGUGGGAAAAGGAAGAUCCCACUGAGCUAGACAAAAAUUUACCAGAUCCUGUCUUUGAAAGUAUCUUAACUGGUUCCUUCCCCCUUAUGUCACAUCCGGGAAGAAGAGGUUUCCAAGCUCGACUCAGUCGCCUUCAUGGAAUGCCUUCCAAGAACAUUAAAAAAUCUGGAGGGACCCCAACUUCAAUGGUGACCACUCCUGGCCCAGUCAGUAACAAGAGGAUGGUUCACUUUUCCCCAGAUUCUCAUCACCACGAACAUUGGUUCAGCCCAGGGGCUAGGACAGAGCAUGGCCAGCAUCAGCUUCUGAGAGAUAACCGAGCGGAAAGAGGGCACAAGAAAACCUGUUCUGUGAAAACAGCCAGCAGGCAAACAAGCAUGCAUUUAGGAUCCUUAUGCACGGGAGAUAUCAAACGGAGAAGAAAAGCUGCGCCAUUGCCUGGACCUUCUAUAGCAGGAAUUGUAGGAGAAAACGCACAGCCAAUCCUAGAAAACAACAUUGGAAAUCGAAUGCUCCAGAACAUGGGCUGGACCCCUGGAUCAGGGCUUGGACGAGAUGGCAAGGGGAUCGCUGAGCCAAUUCAAGCCAUGCAGAGGCCAAAAGGACUAGGACUCGGGUUUCCUCUAUCAAAAAGCACUCCCUCAGCCGCGACCCCCAGUUCAGGAAAAUCCGCCUAAGAAGAACAGCAAAGAAGAAAUAUUUUACAAUUUUUAUUUGCUAUAUAUAUCCCAUUGUUCUCAGAUUACACCAUAGCUUCUGUUUUUGAAGCAGAAAUCUACAUUGCCUCCAACUCGUCACCCCAUCUUCCUGAUUGCACACAGACCUGCUUGCCACCGUGAUAGAAACGGGAUUUCAUCACAAUCCAUGGUGCUAAAGUGAAAACCGUUACCUUUUCAAAUUUGUCAGCGAUUUUCAGCUAUUUCUAGGUAUAAAGAACAGCUCGUUUCUCUUAUUUAUUUUGAUCUCAUAUGUCAGUGAUUUCUAACGCUGUAGCUUGAUUCAUCCGUGUACGUGUGUGUGUGCGAUGCCCAAGCAAAUGGAAGCACGCCCACAGGUUUCUAAACUGGGAUAGGCCGGACAGGGUUGUGUUUCACAUCAUCCCCAUCCAUUGUAACUCACAAGACCCGUCAUCUCAUCAGUGAAGUGCUGAGCACAUCUUUGUUUGAAAGGCUUGCCAAUUUCAUAAUCUUUGAAUUUGGCUUUUUCGUGAGGAUUCUCUGAUGGGGUGAUACCCACUAAUCUUCUAUCCUUGGACGAUGUAGUAUGAAGUUCCCAGUUGAUAAACAGCAAUUAAUGUUUCCCUCUGACCUUUUGGCAAAAAUAAACCUCAUCGUUGUCACCAGAGUGCCCUCAACAUUACUUUAAUGCAGAUUUUACAAAUUUUACCUCAUUUAGAACAUAAAGUAAUUAUUGAAAGAAAAAUGUAUUUUUAAAAUUCACCGUGACUGAGCUAUAAAUUCUAUUAAUCUAGACUGACUUCUACCUCUCUCUUCCCAAAGGUUGGUAUUUUUUUAAGAUCAACUCAACUGUAGUAACACUCAUGUUAAAUCUUAACCGUCAAAAUAAGUUAUUAGAAUAUCGAAUCAAUUUAUUUGAAGAUUUAAAUGGCUCUCCCAAGAAUUCAGAUUUCUGGCAAUGAUCCAGCCCAUUUGCAAGGUGAACAAGAAAACGAAUGGUAAUGAUUUGCCCUUUCUAACAUCUAAGGAGUUACUCUAAAACCAAGCAAAACAAGUCAUUUUUAUUGUGUGCGUAGUACUGUUAUUUCUGAAUCAUCUGCUUCGUGAUGUCAGAGUUUCUAGAUUGCUCUUAGUUUAGAAGUUGAUUUCUUAUCACCUUCAUUAUUAAGGACUAGUAACAAUAUUCUAUUUAUAAUGGCCUUUAUUGGUUGAGUAAAGGCCAAGAUAACACAUGUGAAUUACCUUUCAAAUGCGUUUUUUUUUAAGGCUUUAUUUUUUUAGAGCAUUUUUAGGUUCAAAAUUAAGGGGAAGGUAUAGAGAUUUCCCAUAUAUCCCC